CUGGCGCCAAGUAUUUGUCAAAACUCUCACUCGUAAACCAUUCGACCACUGACACCGUUAUUUCAUAACUGUACGGCAUCAAGGCCUGCACGGAAGACGACCAUGGGCAGAUUCCUUGUUUUACUUUUUGGCCUUAUCGCUUUUACCGCGGCAGUGGAUGUGAGGAAAGAUGCCGGUAAUAUACCGCCACCGGGUGUAAAGCGGAUAACCGGAGCAGCCGCCAAAAAGCUACCACGUUUUGAUGACACCAGUGUGCGACGCGCUGCUAUCCCGGAGUGCUUUGAUGCGAGGCAAAAAUGGCCUAACUGCAAGAGUAUCUCGGAAAUUCGCGAUCAAGGUGGAUGUGGCACGUGCUGGGCCGUUUCAAGCAGCAGCGUCAUGUCUGACCGGCUUUGCAUCGCUUCCGGUCAGAAGAACAACACUUUCGUGUCAGCCAUGAACGUAGCAGCAUGCAGUGUCCCCGGCCGUUCACCGCAGUCCAACUGCAAGGAAGGCAGUGAACCGACGAACGCCUACAAAUUAGCCAUCACACAGGGUGUACUGAGCGGCGGCAGUCUAGAAAGCAAUGCCGGCUGCCAACCCUAUCCCGUCAAGCCCAAUGAAGAAAAACCGCUGACCUGUUCGAAAACAUGCACGAAUACCGGUGCCAGACCAGACAAGUACACUAUCGAAGGAUUUUGGACCAUGUACGAUGAGAAACCGAGUCCGGAGCAGAUCAAGAAAAACGUUGCAAACAUACAACGGGAUAUUUUUGCCAAUGGACCGGUUGUGGCUGUUAUCACGGUCUAUGGGGACUUUUCUUACUGGAGAAAUUACUCAGGUGCCUAUCGCGGCCCCACUGACGCGCAGGACACCCCUCUGCCCAUGGGCCACGCUGUGCGUCUGAUUGGCUGGUGUAAAGACCAGAAAGGGGUUCCCUAUUGGUUGAUGGCAAAUUCCUGGGGAACCGCGCGUGCCGAUGGAGGUGUGUGGUGGAUUGAGAUGGGCAAGAAUGUCAUCGGCAUCGAAGACCACGUUUCCGCUCCCAUCGUCAAGCUGCCCAACACGUGUGGCUCCCUGUGCGACACGGCAUUCGAUCAGAUUGUGCGCUUCAAACCCGGCGACAACAAAUCCAAGGUGUACGUCUUUCAAGGCGGCUGCACUACGGAGGUCACUGUGGCAGCGGAUGGGAAGAUCACACCGGUCGGCAAACCGGGUCCCAUUGCCAAGACCUUCAUGGGGCUGCCGGCACCGCCCAUUCGGCACUGGAAGUAUUAUCCACAGAUCCCCAAUGCUUUGUCGUUAGGCAAUCCCAACGGCGCCGGUGGAUUGUGCGAACUGGUUGCUGGAACGAAGAAAUACAGCUGUCCAUUCGGACAGGAUACCCCACCGGAUGCAUCAUCGGCCGCAAAAACACAGCUAGCCAACGGCGACAAAUACAUUUACUAUACGGAUGUUGCUCGCAGUCAGCAGAUCUAUAAAUUCCCCGCCAAUGAUCCCGAUCGUGGUUAUCCAGUUAGCAUUGGGACGACCCUCAGCAGCAAAUUUAAGCAGGUUACUUCGCUGUUGGAUAUUGAUGGAACAAAGAUGUUAGUCUGUGGGAAAGAUAGUGCUGACAAACCGGCAUGUGGAACACUGGCGAUCGACAGUUGGCAGCUCACGGGACCAACGCCACUAAAGAAAAGUGUGACGAAAUGCUGAGAACUGUUUCCCGGAGCAGAAAAUAACCGCGCUACGUCAAACCAAACGUUGAUGAUACGACUCGCCCGACAAACUCCUCAAGCCACCAAAAAUAAUACUUUUAUUUACAUUUCACUAUCUUCCUGAGCGUUAUUUGUGCCUAAUCUAUGAGUGUCAAUCAUAAUUUUUUGGUGCGAAACGCUUUAUUUGCUUGUCACGUUCUCCGUGGCUUUCACUCAUGAGAAGCAUAACCUUAAACGUUCAAGGAAAACAGCUACUAAGAGUACUGCAUAUUAAAGAACAUCGUGUG